UCUGACUCACAUCUCUUAAUUGCGUGCUUGCUUAGAUGGACACCGAAUUUGAUAUUGAGUCGUCAGUUCGAGUUUUUCUUGGAUUUUGAAACAUGAUAUUUGCCACUUGUUGGAACUAAGCUGUCCGCAUACUUCGGCAUGGCCAUUGUGUACUCACCUGGCGAUGAACACGAUGCCUUUGUUAAAUGGGCCAAAGAGCAAGGGGUUCAGAUCACAGCCGUAGCACCAGCACGAUUCGAAGGCAAAGGCCUUGGUUUGGUCGCAGCCAGAGACAUAAAUGCAGGUGAAUGUCUUGUCAAGGUCCCAGCCAAGGUCCUCAUCACUAUCGAUAGCGAUGCAGUCUGGGAACUGAAUCUCCCUCGUCGCAGCUCUGUACAGGGCCGACUUGCUGCUUACUUGACAAUCAUCAACGCGGACGAUAAGCGAAACCACAGAUUAUGGCAGGCGACCUGGCCAAGUAUGCAGGAAUUUGAGAGUGUCAUGCCGUUUUGCUGGCCAUUGGAGCUCCAGGAGCAUCUUCCCCCUACGGCUAAACCACUCCUUGAUUCUCAACAGAAGAAGUAUCAAAAAGAUUUCCACGACCUGAAAAUGUAUCUACCAGCCUCAUCAGAACAUCUCUUCAAGUAUUUUUGGCUGAUCAUCAAUACCCGUGUAUUCUACUGGAACUAUCCUGCUACACCUCUGUCACGAAUGCCCAAGAGGCGAAGCGACCUCAAGUCCGAAGAUUGUCUUGCGCUGUGUCCUUUCGGUGACUACUUCAAUCAUACCGACGUUGGCGGGUGUGAUGUGACCACAGAUAGGAGCGGAUAUAGCGUUGUAAGCACCAAAACUUACAAGGCUGGCGAGGAAGUGUUCUUCUCCUACGGUGGGCACAGUAAUGACUAUCUGCUGGCAGAGUAUGGCUUCAUGCUGCCAAAUAAUCACUGGGACUCAGUCUCUCUCGACCAUCUCAUCGUCCCCAAACUCACGGCCGAGCAGAAGGAUGUAUUAAAGGAUGAUAGGUUACUAGGGGAAUAUACUCUGUCUAUAGUUGACUCAAAACCUGCGGUGUGCUACCGUACUCUAGCAGCUUUGCGUCUGGCCACGACUCCUCAGCAACGUUAUCGCAACUUCGUGUCUGGAAUUGGGGAUGAUAGCCGUGACCAAGAAACCGUUGACGAGGCAGUAGAAAGGCUAUUCGACGACUUCGCGAAGGAAUGUUCUGAGGCCAAGGCAUCUUUAAAAGAGUUAAGUGGGGGCAAUGGCAGGAUAGCUGCGACUCUUGUAGAUCGUUGGCAGCAGAUCGAAGCUUUGCUCGGACGGUCUUGAAUCCGACACAGUAUGAAGAAUAUCUUGGUAAGCUUUAGAGCUGACGAGGUUCCCGGUGAAUAUAAACGGAUCCCUGAGGAUCAUCGGCGUUAAGACGGCCGAGGGAUUAUCCAUGCUAAAUCUAAACGGGACUAAGCUGACCGUCAUCACUCACCUCUUUUCAC